CUAAACACUAAACAUUUGUUUGAAUUUUUUUAUUUAUAAAAGUUUUCUAUCAAAAAACAUGCAGCAAGCAGUAUGUAGAAAAAAUUUUGUUUUUAGGAACUCUUUAUCGCUCUUUAUAUCUGAUAUAAUUAGCGCUGGAAUAUACUUCGCCAUUAUUUUGAUUUUAUAAAGAGAAAAAUGUAAUUGAUAAAAGUUUAAGAUGUCUGAAGGAAGCGAUUUAACUAAGAAAAUUACAGAGACAAAGCGGCAAACAGAAGUAUUAAAGAACCAGCUUCAAAAUUUAAUAGAUGAAGGAAAAAAUCUGAUUUGCCCUUCCAAACAAGACUGUAUUCCAGAUAUUGAUGGAGCAUAUAAAAAUCCAGUACCCUGUGCAAAUAAAGCACAAAUAAUAAAAUCAUAUGACAAACAUUCCAACAAUAUUUCAACUAACACUCAAAAACAUAAGGCUGAAGUUAAACCGGGGUCCCCAAAAAAACUAAAGGCUUAUGAUGUGAAAGAUGCACGUACUUUUAUGAAGAAGCAGAAAGAGAAGCUAAUUGUACAGCAAAAAGAAACGCAAGAAGAACAAAGAAUUAAGGCAGAAAUUAAAAGAAAGAAGUUGCAAGAUUUGGAUAAAAAAUCUAGAGAGCUACUAAGCAAAAAUGUACAAGCAAGGAAAGAAAGGUCAAAUUCAAGAGAUCGAAGUAAUGUAAGACUAGAUAACUUUUCUAAUGUUCCUUCAAAUUUGAGAAAAGCUGCAUCUGUAGAUAAAAUUGAUGUAACUUCACAAAAAAAUCCAAAUUUAUUAUAUCCCAAUGCACCACAUUAUGUGAAAAAUAGUAUUAAUAAAAAAACUAAUAAAGAUAAUCCUGAUAAGUUUGUGAUAUUUGCAGGAAAUUUUACUAGAAAAGAUGUGGAUAAAAAAACUAUUCAAAGUAAUAAGGUACAUACAAAUAUUUCUACACAAAAUAAAACAAAUUUAACUACAAAUAGUACAAACAUAGAAACAAAAAAUUAUUUAGAAGUAAAUAAUAAAGAAGAUAUUAAUUCACUUAAAAAAAAAGAUGAAAUUUCUACAAGAAAAAGUCCUAGUAGCAUCAAACAUUUAGAAAAUAUUAACCAAAAAGGUUUAAAACCCACAAUAUUAUUUGGAUCUGGUGAAGAUGAACUUAUUUUACCAAACUAUGCCAAGACUAAUAUAGAUUCAGUUAAAAAUAUUUUAGAAUAUAAAUCAUCUAAUUCCAGCAAAUCUAAUUCAAAUGUUACUGUAAAAUCACCAAAUCUGGAAAAAAAUGAAAUGAUUGAACAGACAGAUCUUGGUAAUGCCUUGCCUAAAGUAGCAUUAAAUCGAAAUCAAAAAUCUCCAGACACAUUAAACAGAUUACCUAUAUCUACUAAUAUUCUGUCAACUGAAAAAGAAAAACAGUUACUUAAUAAAUGUUCUGUAGAAAUUCAAACAGAUAAUUAUCGAAAACUGUAUCCUAAAUGGUUAGAUGAGCAACCUCCUCAAGCUUACCCAUUUAAUUUUAUUAAUACGAUAAAAAGAAAAUUACAAAUCGCAACUACACAAAAACCAACCACGGAUAUCGGAAUACAAAGUUCCGUAGUUGAGUAUGGCCACAUUGGCCACCAAAGAGACAAUCUGUCAGUGAUAGUAGUAGAGCCAAGUAGCAGUCCAGAUUCAAAAUCUAUUGAGAGAUCUGAAUUAAAAUCAUUCAUUUCUCACAAAUGUCUUAAUUUAGACCCACAGACUAUUGAACAUCUUGAGUUGGUUUCAAAAAAUAAAUUCCAAUGCCCAAAUUCAAUUUUUAGAAAUACACAAACUCAGUUAUCAACAAGAAUAACAGAAACUGAAAGUGAAUCUGACACUUCUAAGAACAUACCAGAAAUAUCUAGUGAAAGUGGAACGUCAUUAAAGAAAAAUGCAGAAUCGGUUAAAAAAGCUUUAAUGACAAAUAAAAAUCCUACUAUAAACACUGAUAGAAUCGACAAUAUGAAACUAGUACCGAAUAAUGUUGUUACUAAUACUGUUACUAUUAGGACUAAAUCUGAAUUACCCUCUACAUCAGCAGAAAUACUAUCCGAUUCUAAAUCUACCACAACUAAACAAUCGAAAUAUGGAAAUACUUUAUCAGUUAAUGAUAAAUAUGCUGCUGAUUUCGAUUCUGAUAUGGAUUCGAGUUUAGAUAGAAGCAGGAGGUCUAUAAUUAGUUUCAAUAAAUCAGGGUACAAUGAAGCGUUAAUUCUGAGCCCAGAAAAUAUUAAAAGUAUUUCUUCAUCUAAAAAAACUUAUUCGCCUCAAAAGAGUAUAUCUGAUGUUAAUACAGAAAUGAUAUUGAGUAAUAGUAUUGAUCAUAUAUCCAAAUCUACUGAGAAUAUACAAAAAAAUGAUACAGGCUCUCUAUUAAAAGCUAAUUCUGAUAGUAAUAAGAAUAUAAUUGAAAGAACAAAAUCUAACGUUGAACUACCAAGGCAUAAAUCUAAGUUAAGUUCUAGUAUGUUGAAAUCUACUUGUAAUGAAAAAACGAUAAAUUCAACGAACUUGAACACUGAAUUUGAUAAGUCCAAGAAAAAACAUUAUAAAAUGAUUAGAAAACUUGAAAUACCUAGAAGUGAUGAUGCAAAAGUAACAUCUAGUAAAAAUUCUUCGGUUCACACAGAAACCAGACCAUCGAGCUCUCUGAUUGAAAGUUUGUCAAAAACUAAUAUAAGUUUACAAAAUAUUAAUACAAAGAGAGAAUCUUCUAGUAUAAAUGACAGUUUAUCAAAAACUGAUAUAAGUUUACAAAAUAUUAAUACAAGGAGAGGAUCUUCUAGUAUAAAUGACAUUUUAUCAAAAACUGAUAUAAGUUUACAAAAUAUUAACACAAAGAGGGGAUCUUCUAGUCCAAAUGAAAAAUCUGAUAUUGCUCUUCUUAUUGAACCAGUUGUUUCUUUGGUUAAACUUUCAAGUGAUGAAAAGGAUCGGGAUACUGAAAGAAGAAAUCCGAUAGUUAAGAAUAUUUCUGUGAGAUCAAGCAAGGUGACAACCAAAAAAAACAUGAAUGAUGGUAAUCAAAUACAUUUAAAAUUUGAGGCUGAAAUUCAUCUUUUAAACGAUUUCAAUCAAUCUCUAAGAAGAUUUUCUGAGCUAGAACAAGUUCUAGAAAAUUUAAAAACGAAAAAUAACAUAACUAAUUCAAAGAUUUUGAAAAACAACGACGCACAGACAUCUUUGACCGCCAGAUCCAAAACUUCUUCAAGUAUGCCCGAAAAUGUUAUUCAAUCAAAAGCUACACAUAGUGAAAAUUCAAAGAUAAACUAUUCUAGAGGUUCUUAUAUAAAUAAUUCCUUGGAUGAUUUGAAUCUAUUAUCUAAUACUGCGCUGGAUGUGGAAGAUAAUAGUGCUGGUUAUACUGACUUAGAAAUAGCUACAUCUAUUAAUCAAAGCUUAUCUGUAAAAACUGAUGAUCAUCUAUCCAAUUUUGAGAAUUUGAAUUCCGGUAAUUUAGCUGGCAUAUCUAUCAAUAUGUUUGAACAGCUGAUGAAAGACGAAGACGUUCGCUUGGAAAAUUUAAAAACUAUUCUUAAAAUCAGAGAGCAGGCUCUAUUAGAUCGAAUUAAAGGGGAAUUGGCCUGGUUAGAAAUUCAAAGAAAACAUUUUAAAGAGACGGGGCAGUUGCACGAAGCAUCUGUUAUAAAGAAAAAGCAAAGAGGCAUUUUAGUUAAUCAUCAAAAAGAAAAACACGAGAUGCAAAGGCUCAAACAAUUUCAAAAGGCAGCGUCUAUGGAAAGAAAAAUGGUUCUUAAAGAACAGAGAAAUUUAAUAAGACAGCAGUUAUCCACAGAUAACAUGCUUACGAAAAUGAAAUUAAACACACAUAGAGAGAGGCGGCAGUCUGGACCUUUAAAAGUGUUACAAAGUCAUACCGAGUCAAUAAGAUCAGAAACUUCGAUAUCUCGAAAAAGUUCCAGUGAUAAGGACAAAGAUGUAGUAAGCGUAAAAUCACAUCAUUCUGUGGUAUCGGAAUUUUCUGAGAUAGAAAUUUCGUCUAAAGAUAUUUCGUCUAAUGAGCACCGAAACUACAUCAAAAAGACGCUUUUAAUGCGCGAAACAGCAUUGAGAAAGCGACGGAAGGCCACAGAAGAACUUCUAGAAUGGCACAAGAAGCUUUUAGAAGAAGAAAAGAGGAUAGCCAUCUUAGAAUCGACCGCCAGCGCUAUCGUUUCACAAAAACCUAGUACGUCCUCGUAUCCGGAAAAGUUCAACUUUAAAGGGAAACAGUUAAAUCAGAUGUGGUUUAACGUUACUGAUUCCGAAACCAAGAAGUUCGUCGACGAUAAAAUUUAUCCCAUGUCGCAAAUGGCUUUGGAACGUUUCUGCAAAAGUGCUCGCGAAUAUAAUAGCAAGUCGAAAACGUUAUUAAUGAAAAAUAGUGAUUGUAAUAUUAAAAAUAGUAAAGUUAGUGUUAGCGAAAGCAUUCUAACGCAAAAAACUAGUUCUGAAAAGGACUACAUUUCGGAUUUCGAAAACGAUACGGUAGCUUCUCAAGAUGAUGUUGAUCAAAGUAUCGAUAUUUUAAUUAACAACUAUAACAAGGUACAAAGUGAUAUAUCUAGUUUGAGCAGUUUACAUUCUAAAAAAUCGGAUGAAGAAGAAAUUUAUAGCGAAUCGCCCAAAUUCGAUAAAACUGAAUCUGAAGCAGAGAUAUCUGUCAUCGAAACUAAUAAAACGGAUGUUAAAGAUAAGAUCACUAAAACAAAAGGUUCCAGCUCUGCAGAAGAAAUAAAAGAUACUAUCAACGAAUCUAUUCCUACGAUCAACCAAGACGCUUCUGACAAAGCUAAAAGUGAUAUUUUAUCGGAAAAAUCUUCGAAAAGUUCGUCGAUUAGUUUUGAUAGAAACAGUAAUUCGGAACUGUCCAACAGCGAAGAAAUAUUGAAAACAUUUUCAAAAUUGAAGUUUUCACAUGAAGAUUCAUCAAUUAUUGUGAGCGAGGAACAUGCAACUCAGAAAACAGAAACUGAUAUUUCAGAUAAAGCAGAAAAAAAUUACCAAAAAUCACAGCCUAUGAUUUCAAAACAUUCAACAGAUCAACAUCAUUCAAAUCAAUUAAAUACAAGCAUAUCAGACGAUUUUGCUAAAUCGAAACAUUCUUCCUCACAAAUAAUUGAUCAAAAAUCAAGUACUUCAAAUCAAUCUACAGCCUCGAAACUAUCACAAGGUGAUAAUUCUGCUUCUUCAACUGGUCCAGGGGAUUUAGAAAGUUCGCAGAUUAAUUCCGUGAUUGCUAGUGAGAAAACCAAUCAAAGCUCUAAGAGGUUAGAUCAAAAUAGUUCUGAUACAUCGAAGUCCUUGAAUAAAUCCGAAAAAUUGAAGCUUUCAUUAGAAGAUAUAUCAGUUCUACAAAGCUCCUCUAAAAACAAAUCAUCCCUUAGUGAAAAACUUAGUGUCAUAAAAUCUAAAUCGGAUGUUUCUAAAGAAAAAUCCUCAUCAGUUAUUUCUGAUAAAACAUCAACUACAAGAAACUCAGCAAAAUCAAAAACAUCCUCAGAUAUCAACAGAAUUAUCAUACUUUCAAACAUAUCUAUAGAAUCGAAAUCUAAUGAUUUUGCAGAUGAUCAAAGUACUGAACUUAUUCUCAAAACUGAUCAAAUAAAUUCUGAUAAUUCAAAAUCCAAUAUUAUUUCCAAAAAACCAUCAGAGCCACUGGUUUUAACCGAACAAAAGAGUGAAGUACUGGAGAUCCAGCAAAAUAUAUCAGAAAAAACGAAAUCUGACAUAGACUCCAAAGAUUCAUCGAAAAUAUAUGUUAACCAGCCAUUUGUCGAAGAUCACGUCAGUCUACAAAAAUCUUCAUCAAAGCUAAUUUUAACAGAAGAAAAAGACACCAUUGACGAAAUUGCUUCUGCAAUUUCUUCAGAUUUGAGUUCAAUUGAUAUGCCAAAUAAAAGCUUUUCAGAGGAACGAUCAAAAGAAAUUAUUUUGGAACUAAUAAAAGAAGAUAAAAAUAACUAUCAAGAACUGACAGAAGAUGUAGCUCCAAUUGCGGUUGAAACUAAGGAAAGUCUAAACGAAUCUCAAGAGAUUCUCCUGAUUUUGGGAGAAUCUGAAGUGAAAACGAGUUCCGAUGAAGAAAUGCCGGAAAUUCAAAUAAAAGAAAGUCUGAAUACGUCAGAAGAAAUCUUAUCGAAAUUGAAUAACACAGUCGAAGAAGAAAAACCAAUUUCCAGAUCUAUUGAUUCGAGUAAAAUUGAAAAAGACAACAGCGAUUCAUCGAAAAUGUUCGAAAAUUAUAUUUUACAAAACUCUAAAUUGGAAAGUUAUAAUGACAGUAAUGAAGAUAGAAAAUUGCAAGAAGAAAAAGACGAUAGUGAUAAACUUUUAAUUUACGAUUUUUGCGAGGAUUUAGUGGAAAGUAAUGUAGAUGAAACUUUCGAAAAUCACACUAAAUCACAACGUAGUUUUAUCGAUGCCGUCAGUGAAGAUUUCGAUAAAGAAUCCGCUAAUGUCGGUGAAGAGCUCAAAGUUGCAAAAGAAAAAACUUCGACGAGUGAUGAUAUUGAUGACAAAUCUGCAUCGAAAUGUUCACAAGAACCAAAUAUGGCUUUCAAAAUCGACGAAAUCGACGAAAACAAUGAAAACCAAACAUUCUUGAACAAUUUAGUAGCUUCCUCUACGGAAAUAAACUUUCAUCAAGAUUCACAUGAUGAUAGUGAUGAGAGCAAAUUUGCGUUUUCUGACAAAUCUAACGAGUCAUUCGUAAUUAAUGAUUUAAAUGAUGAUUCAAAUGAUAAAUUUGAAGAAAAUGUAUUAUCAUCAGAGAAACUAAUUAAUGAAUUAAAAAAUAACAAAAACAUUGAAUCUACGUCUGUAGAAAUAGAAGACAAAGACACACCCAGAGAUAAAAACAACAGUUACAGUUCAAUAAUGGAAAAUCCAGAAGAAGAAAGUGAAAAUAAAACUACGUCCCAUUUCAGUUACGGCGUUUUAUUGAAAACUACAGAAAAAGAAACUUCUGAUUCAUUCGAGACUGAUCUUCCGCCAAGCAAGGAGGAAGUAAAUUCUUUUGAGGAAAAAGAACACGAUUCUCUAUCUUCCGCGAACGGUGGUUCAUAUAGCGAAGCUCUCAAUUUUGAAGAACAAUCUUUAGCGCCGAGCGAAUCAUCUAAAACUGAAGAAUCGUCUUUUAAAGAUAAAUCUAACAGUAAAGGUUCUGAACAAAGUGUUAGCGGUAAAUCUAAGAGUAAGACAAGCGAAGAAAAUUCUUCUAAAGACUUUGGCAUAGAUGUGAAGAAAAGGGUUUCUGAAAUUUUGGCCGAUACAAAUGUAUCUAGAGGUGAUAAGAGUCCUAGAUUGCAGGAUCUGUAUGUUACGACAUAUGAUUUGAUAUCUCCUGCAAAUUCUCCAGAAAAAGAUUCGUCUAGUCCAAAAGAUGGUCAUAAGUUAGUGUCCAGCAUAUUUGAUAGUGAAGCUGAAGAAAUAUUAAGGAAGCAAUUGGCUGUAGAAGAAGAGAUAAAAGCAAUCACCGAACAACAGCAAAAAGAACAACAGCUCCCUCUAAUGUACAUACGCGAAAUACCGAACAAACCCCCACCUCCAUACACACCACCUUCAUCUCUAGCGCCUGUUCCUGCACCGACGAUAAUUCCUACCUCCGAUGAAAUAGAAGAAAUCACCUUGUACUCAGCAAAAAUUCUGCAUAAAGCGUACCUCUCAAAUAACCUCGCAAACGUCAGCAUCUCUAAUAAUACUUUAAGCCUAAUAUCUAAAGAUAUCUCAAAAGACUGUUACAAAUUCGUUUUUGAUCUCUGCAAAGACAUAGCCCGCGAACAUUACGAACGAUUCGAAGAAGACAAAUCACCAGAUUGGUUGCACAUAUCGAAGAAAUCGGAACUCACCCUCAUAAAACCUCUGAACACGGAAGGUUUGAAAAACCACAUGAUCGCAAAACUCAAAGAGAUUUUCGGUUACCAAAAGCAUAAUAGAAGAGAGAAUGCCAUCAUCAAAUGGAGCAGGAAGAAGCGCGACCACGUCGAUGAAAUUUUAGUGAUGGAGUGUCAGCAAGAAGAAGCGCAAUGGACGAAUUAUCAAAAAGACGAGUUGCUAGUUAAAGAUCAAAUUACUAAUGAAAUAUUCGAUAGUUUACUGAAGGAGACUGCAGCAGUUUUUAAAAAAAUAUUCUCAAAGAUGAGUUGAUUGCAUUGUAAUGCCGUUUUGUCAGUAGGAUAUCGCGACAGAUGCUUUCUUUUAGUUGUCGUCCUUUUAUUCUCUUUUUCAGAUUAGCUAAAGGCAUUUUGGAUCAGGAACCUACUUUUCUUUCAGUUUUAGUACACUUUUUUAAGUGGAGUUUCUACAAGCGUAUUAUAAAAUAAGUAAUAUGAAUUUAAUGCAUUCUAUUUUUAGCAAAUUAAGCUAAUAACGAAAAUGAUCAAAGUUAUUUGGUGGAAUAUUGUUUUUAUGUUUAAAACACCUCCGUAUUGUUGGUGUAAGAUUGAUAACCUUUUUUUGAUGGAAUUGUGACAAUUUGUACCCUAAUACUAUCUUUUUAUUGUUUUUUUAACAGAUACAUCUAAUCUAUAAACAGACUUUUAAAAUUUUUCACUUUACUAUUUUUUAUAUUAAAAAAUAUUGUUUGAUCUGUGAGAAAUAACGAAGUAUGAUAUUUUUACUUUAUUUUCAGUUUUUUGGUUUAUGAGGUGUGGCUAGAAAAAAAAACGGAUUAUUGCUAUAAAAGUAGUUUUUAUUCGAAUGUAACAUAAAAUGUCGUUUUUCGGACAGAAAACAUAAUCGAAUAGGAGAACUUUUAAAUAUACUACAAAUGAACUACCUACUAAAAAAUAGUUUUAGGGCCGAGGCCUCAAAAGUAAAGCGGCUCCGCUGUCUAAACAUUGAUUUACCUUUUAAUACUGUUGACGAUAUUUUUUGCUAGUGUAAAAUAGUAGUCCAUAAUCCAUGAAUAAAAACAUUUUUAAUUGAAUAAGAGAAAAACUAAAUAAAGUAUAAUUAAAUCGAUUUGACAUAAUCACACUAAAUGACAGCAAUUGUUAUCAAGAAUGUACCUAGUCAUUCUUAUCGAUCACAGCCAUCUCAGUUAUAAGAAAAAUUGGAAAUUAUAUCAUUUUGGAUUUAAUUUUCUUUAUUUUUUUAAUAUCUAUAAGCACAUUCGAAUAAAAAAUAAUGUAUGAAACAGGUACAAAAAGUGUAUAGCAGUUUAUGUUAUUAAGACGAAAAGUUGAGAUUUUCGGGCGACUACGACAAGAUUGCCAUGCGAGAACUAGUCGAGCUUAGCAACUCGUAAGAGUCCGAAAAUAAACUUUUCGUCAGAGUUCCAUACAUUAUUUUUUAUUCGAAUUUGCUUAUAGAUAUUAAAAGAAUAUAGAAAAUUAAAUCCAAAAUGAUAUUAUUUUCAAUUUUUCUUAUAACUGAGAUGGCUGUGAUCGAUAAGAAUGACUAGGUACAUUCUUGAUAACAAUUGCUGUCAUGUUAGUGUGCUUAUGUCAAAUCGAUUUAUAGUUUAUUUAGUUUUCUCUUAUUCAAUUAAAAAUGUUUUUAUUCAACAAUAGCAAAAAAAUAUCGCCAGCAGUAUUAAUUAAAAGGUAAACUGAAAAUAAAACGGAAUGUUCAGAUAACAAACCUGCUUUACUUUUGUGGCCUGGGCCGUAAAAGUACUUGAAGAAGUUCAUCUGUAAUAUAUUUAAAAGUUCUCCUUUUCGAUUAUGUUAUCUGUGAAAAAUGACGUUUUAUGACACAUUCGAAUAAAAAAUCGUUUAUUACUUUUGUGAAUUUUAUCGUUAUUGGCCAUAUAGGAAUGUUUAUGAUCUCUGUUGCUUUUUCUUUGACAGCUCUAAUGUCUCAAAUUUGAUUCCUUUUAGUGCUGAUUUGAUCCUGAGUAAUAAAAAAGUUUCAUAAGGCGAGAUCCAGCGGUUAAGGUGGAUGUUUUAGUACAGGAAUCUGAAAAACCCAAAUACUUAAUCGAAUGUUUUUUUUUAAAUAAACCAUCGAUCUUUUCAAUACUUGUGUCUGUUUUUGAGGUGCAAGAUCAUUGGACACAAUUUUACUUUGACGACCCCGUCGUUUGUCUACAAACUGAUCAAUCCGUUAUUUAUAUUUAUAAUGAUUAUAUUUCGUUGACUAAUAAAGUCUAAACAAUAAAAUAGAAUGCCUGGUUCAUAAAACUGAAUAUUUAUUAUAUUGAAUCGAUCGUAUCAUAAUUUUGCGAGGUUCGAAUUUAUUUCAUAUUAUCAUUUUUUGCACAAAAAAAAAACUUUAGCUGAAUUAAAAGAAAAGCAUCUGUUGUUACUCAAUGUGAUUAUUAUAUUAAUUAUUUAUUAAUGGCCAUAAAAUAAUGUAAACGAACAAUAUUCUCAAUUUUUAUUUAGAAUAGGAGUUAAAGAAUCUCAUACUUUUAUAAAGCCCCCUGAAUCGAAUGAAUCAAAAGACAUAAAAUAAGAUUAUGGAAGAGAUUACUAUUAAUAAUGAUGGUGAAUUAGUAGCAAUAGUUGCUACUUAAAAAUAAGCCUAAAAAAAUGUAUAAAUCUUACUAUGUAUUGUUAACUUGUUUUAAAAUAAAAUGGCUUGUGUUAAACAAAAAACAAGUUAAAAAAUUUGUUUUCAAAAUAAAUCCAGAAUUUUUCACAUCUUUUUUUAGUUUUACAAUUUUAACCAAAAUAUCAGUAUUUGACUAUUUAAAAUAUUAAAAUUUAUCUUUUAUUUGUUUUUAAUCUUAAAUUCUGAUAAUUUCAAAUAGUCCUGUUUAUCACAUCUUAUGAAGCGGAUUGCCAAGUUUUCUUGUAUCUUUUUACAGGACAUCAAGACAGUUUUUUGUCCUUCAAAUAUGAGAGCUUUAUUUUUUCUUAAUUUUAGACCUCCUCUUUGUGCCGCAAUUAAUUUCUUUAUGGUCAAAUGCAUUUAAUUGUACACGAAAAAAUGCCAAGGAAUCAAGAAGAAUUGAUGACUUGAAUAUAAGCGGUGUAAAAGAUUAUUUAUUUUCGUAAAGAUAGAUUUUCUGUUAGGUGAUUGUGCUAUUACCUACUGCUUUAUUUUCCCCAUUUCAUUAAAACAUGUACUUACCACACUUUGUCUGUGACAGACAGAGUUAGCCCACCGAAAUUUUGUACUCUCUGUGGCAAGCAGUGUCAAGUCAGAAAUAUUUUCAUGAAAACGAUUCUGAAAAUAUUAUUUUCAUUACAUAAAACAGCGACUAGACAAUCAAUUACUCAAAAAUGCUAUUUGGUUUAUAAUAAUAAUACUAAUAAUUUUAUGUACUUUAAUAAAAAUUUGAUAAAAUGAUGGUUAUAGUAAUUAAAAAUAUAUACCUGUAAAGCCAUGUUGUUGUAUGUAAGAUUUAAAAACAAAAAAAAAUGUCUCCAUUGGCUUUGGUGCGCUCGCUCUGUUGCGCUCUUACUCACAUCUAACACGUGUGUGCUAGCAAGAAGACAAAACGUACAACGAUGGUCUAAUUCUAAUACCCCUUAACUGCUUAGAUAGGUAUUUUACAGGAGAAGCUUUUUUUAGUUUAUAAGUACUAACUACGAUUGCAAUACGGGUUACUUAAAUGGUCAUAUUUCUCGCGCCAAUUAUUUCCGAAGCCAAUAUGGUGUGUUUCCACUUAUGACAGAUUAAACGUACAAUCGAAUAGCACGAAAAAACAAAAAUUAAAAUUUAUGCAGAUACGGGGUAAUAGAGUUAGUUAGACCCUCCUUAACAUGAACGCAAAUAUCAUUGAAAGGCGCAUGAUUGUUAAGUAAAAUGGGAGAAAAAUUCAAAGAAUAUUAAGAGAAAAAUUUUGAUCAAAGAAACAUUCCAUUUUUGCACCUUGUACUUUUAUAAUCGUCUCAUACAAAAACAAAACAAAAAUCCACAAUGUUUUUUGUCCUUGUUUUUUGUUAUUUAAUAGCAACUUGUUUCAAUAUUGAAAUAUCAAUACACAUUUGUGAUGACUAGAUGUUUGUUUAAUACAAAACGUAGAGUUAUUUAUUUGAAAAUAUCAAGUAAUGCCAUAUACUGAGAUAUUUUAAUGUCUAGUGCCUUUAUUAAACAGGACACGGCUUUAUUUAUGGGAAUACAAAGCGAACCAACCAAUGUACCGCCUUCAUAAAUUUAAAAUUUUUUAGAUUGUCAAGUUUUACAUACUGAAAUUUUAUGAAAAAAAUAGAAAACAUUAUUUUUAUUAAAAGAAACAAAAUGUGCCUUGAAUGAAAAAAGUAAUAUCUAUUUUCCCCAAAAAUAUAAAAAGAUAUGUGAAUGUACAAUUUGUUUAUAAAUAAGAUAUAUAAUUACUUACUUAUCAAGAAUUUAUCGAAACUUGUAUAACUUAUAAAACUUGAAUGUUCUGUUAUAAGAAAUAUAUGGGGUGGCUACUAUUUAAUUGAAAUAUAUUACUCUCAAUUUCACGACUUUUUGAAAUCCAAAAUCUCAGGGUCCUGUUUCAGACAUAUUCGGUAAAAAUUAUUCAACUGCAGUAUUUUUAUUUUUAAGAAUAGAAUAGUAUAUUUUGUAACAAGUAACAGACUAUACUUCCUCCACGGUCACAGACACAGUAGGAGUUGAAUAUAGUAAAAUGAAAUAUUUAAUCUAACUUAUGUUAGGCAAGUUUUUACUUAAAUAAUUUGCAUAAUUUGUCAUAUCAGGAGAAGUAUUAUGAAAUUCCAUAUCAGAAUCAUUAUAUUUACUCAUUUUUGAAUUUAAGUUCGACUCAACAAACUCUGCUUAUCUUUAUUCAGAGUCUAAAUUACAUAACAGAGUUGCCAGGGAGCUUGUAGGUUAUCCUGGCAACACUACAGCAAAACAAAUACUUGACUAUGAAGAAUCUUGGCUGAUCACAGGCAUUCUGACUGGUAAUUGCGAAAUACAGAAACAUCUGCACUGCAAGGGGAGUGGAAACAAGAAGAUAAGACCAUCGACCAUAUCCUCUAUGAUUGACCGGCACUCUCAUUUAUUAGAAAAUUUGUGUUCGACGAGAAUUUGCUAACAGCAGCUGAUAUAAGAGAAGCACCUCUUGGCUGCAUUGUCAACUACAUCAAAUCUGUAGGCUGGGUCACGAGCUAGGAGUUACCUAUCGACUUAGAAGGAUGCACAAUGGGUCUAGUGAGGCUUAAGUGCCCUCUACACAUUACAUAUUAUACAUAACAGGCAAGUGUUUCAGAAUUUUCUUUGCAUCUCAAGAGUGAGAAUGUUUUCUUUCUGUUAUUAUAGGUGGUUUCGGAAGAACUACAUUCAGUAGUGGCCAUAGAGAAAACUAAAUGUUUUUGUUUUAAAUCAAGUUUUGUAUAUGAUAGCAUUUUUAAUUUAUUUAGUGGCAACAAAAUUGGAUUAAUAUGUUUUUGUUGAAUAUAUCAGAAACCGGCCCCAAUAAUUUGAGUUUCAAAACGUCCUCUGUUUGAACUGGAAAAAAUACAACUCUUUCCAUUUCACCAAUUUUGAGUAACAUAUAUAGUUUAUGAGACAUUUUAAUUAAAAAUGGUCACCAUGCAUUCGUAUGUAUAUAGUCAUGUAAUGGUGUAUAUUUAUUAUUCAGGUUAAUUCGGUAAAAAAAUACUUGGAUUUCUUGCAACCGAACAUAUUAGUUUUUUUUUUAACUUUUAUAGUUAAGAACUGGUUUAUUGAUAUAAAACGAUAAAGUCAAUAUCUACUUAAUAGGAGAUGCAUUGAAUGAAUUGUUUUAUUCUUUUUUUACUUUGUUUUUUUAUAUUAAUAUUGUAUUGUUUUUUAAGUAUUAUUUUUAACAUUUUAUAGAACUGAACCUUAUUGAAUAAAGCA